CAGAGACAGAGCAGGAGCCAGGGGUUUGUUUGAUAUCGGCCUUUGUCUGAGAAAAGAAAGUGAAGAAAGACCCGAAAUGAGCGAAAUAAUGAGAGGCAAAAUGUCAACAGCUGUACAAAAUAGUCCAGUAUAGGAGUUGGGUUCAUUAGCCCAAUCUAUAGUCCCCUCUAUCUUUGAUUAUUUUAAUAUGGUUCUUAUUAUUAUUAGCAGAUCCCCGCUGCAAGGAGAUUAUUCUUUUGAUUCAUUGUAUACAGAGUCCAGUAGUCUGGAGGGCGUCUACAGAGUAUUCUAUAGUACUAUAGUAUACCCCCGAAGUAUACACCUGGUGUUAUAUCGACCGUUAUAUCGUUUCAAGUGUAGUAUCAGACCCGAUUCGCCAGAUCCCGAGGCAAUAAUUCGUUUAUCCAAAACAAGACAGCGAAAGAAAGCAAAAAUGAGGGUGGAAAGGGGGAGCGAAUGCGAUUCUACCCCUGACGCCGUGGGGUUCAGGGACCGACAUGAUCGAGCAUCCAAGUACAUACAAGUACAAAAUAUCCCAUCUAGCAUCGCAUUGCAUUGCCGUAAAGCCCACGACAGACUGGCAUAUGCUGUGUCCGAUGUACUCCGGAGUAGAGGGACUGGUACAUGGUGGUACCUGACCCCAGUGUGAUUGCAAUGCUCUCCCGGUGGGCCCUUCCACACUGGGACAAUAGUUCAUAGUUUGGGAGGUUCCAAUACAGUAGUGCCCUCACAUUCAUGUGCA